AUGCAGAGAUACGGCCACGGCUUCUCUGGCACUGGGUUCGGCUAUGGAGGCACUGGCUUUGGUUAUGGGGUCAAUGGACCCCAGGGGGUCUGCACAUCCAUUGCCCAGAUCCCCAUCAAGCUCAAGCUCCCCAUCAAGCCCCAAGAAGCUCAGGAUGGAGAUGGAACCAGUUUUGCUACCUGCAGACAAGUCCCACUGCUGGAGCAGUGCAACAAGGGGCUGGAGACCACAUGGGGAUUUCUGUGGGAGCAGAAGUGUUACAACAGCAAUGCUGAGCUAACAUUGGGAACUUCUAUUGCCAACUGGGAGAGGCAGCAGGAUGUUCUGGGAAAGGAAAGAGCCAAGCUGGCAACAGAACUGAGCAAUAUGCAAGAGUAUGAGGAACUGAGAGAAGCUGCUGGCAAACAUAGCUUGCGUAACACAAAAACCCAAAAUUACGGAGCUGAAUUGGGUGAUUCAGAGGCAACUGGAGAACAUGAAAACACCAAAGCCCAGGGAAGGAUGACUCAAGUUCAGAAUGGGCAAAGCUUUGGUAGAGUCUUGUGUCGCCAACGUGGGUUGGGUUCCUUCAGCACCAGGAGCCUCAGCGGUGCAGCAUCUUCCAGCACCAUUGUACCCAUCACUGUCAAUGAGAAACUGCUACAACCACUCCAACUGGAGCUCGACCCCAAUGUGCAGACCGUGAAGUACCAAGAAAAGGAGCAGAUCAAGACCCUCAACAACAAAUUUGCUUCUUUCAUUGAAAAGGUGCGAUUACUGGAGCAGCAGAACGAGGUGCUGGAGACCAAGUGGAACUUUCUGCAGGGUCAGAAACAUUGCAGGAACACCAUCGUGCCCAUGUUGGAGGCUUGCAUCGGGAACUUAAAGAAGCAGCUGGAAGCGCUGGGGUGCAACAGAGCCCAGUUAGAAACAUGCCUGAAAGCAGCCCAAGAGGCUGUGGAAACCAACAAGAAAAUGUAUGAGGAUGAAUGCAGCCAACGGAGCUGCACUGAGAAGGAGUUCAUUGCCCUGAAGAAGGACAUGGACUGCUUUUUCUUAAGCAAAGCAGAGCUGGGGGCCAAGGUGGGAAGGAUGGAAGGAGAGUUUGACUUCCUCAGGUUGCUCUAUGAGGAGGAGAGCCACCAGCUGCAGGUCCACAUCUCAGACACGGCAGUGGUUGUGCAGAUGGACAACAGCCGGGAUCCUGAUCUGGAUGGCGUUGUUGCCAACGUCAAGGCUCACUAUGAGGACACUGCCUGCAGGAGCAGAGCAGAAACUGAAGCCUGGUGUAAAGGCAAGUUUGAGGAGCUGCGAGUUACUGCAGGCAGAAAUGCUGACAGUCUGCAAGAGAAAAAAAGAGAGGCGGCCGAGCUGACACGGGUGGUCAAGAAACUGAGUGGAGAAGUCAGGAGUGCCAAGGAGCAGUGCUGCAAACUGGAAAUGGCCGUGGCUGCUGCUGAGCAGCACAAGGAAACGUCCAUCAAGGAUGCAAAGAGCAAACUCACCAAGCUGCAGGCGGCUCUGCAGAAGGCGAAGCAGGACCUGGCCCGGCAGCUGCGCGAGUACCAGGAGCUGAUGAACAUCAAGCUGGCCCUGGACAUCGAGAUCACAGCCUACAGAAAGCUGCUGGAGGGUGAGGAGAGCAGGCUCUGUGCAGAAGGAGGCAUCCCUGUCAACAUCUCUUUGCCUUCCACAGCUGUCUGCCAUUCCCAAGGAGGUCUCGCCUACAGCCCAGAACCCAGCUUUGCUGGGUCGGCCAAUGGAAGCUCACGCAUUAGGAGUGGGAGCACCCACAUGAAGGUUGUGUCUGUGGGCAAGUCAACUGUGUAA